AGAGGUGCGCGCCAGCGUGUGAACUCUCAGUCCCAGUCCAGAGUCCAGCUGCUUCAGACCUUCGCCCGCGGAACCGACUCUGGCUCGAACAUGACGCGCUCCCUGCUGAGCAGCCUGCUGCUCCUGCUCUCAGCGCCCACGGCCCUCUCCUCCGGAGUGUUCCAGCUGAAGAUCGACUCCUUCUCCAGCAACCGGAGCGUGUGUCGGCCGGAGAGCCAGGACUGUGGCCUUUUUUUCCGAGUUUGCCUGAAACACUCGCAGGACGUGAUUGACCCGAAGCCGCCGUGCACCUACGGACUGGAACUCAGCGACGUCUUCCGGGCGGAUCCUGAGUCGGUCAGCGCCAGCUCGCCCAUCCGGGUGGCCCUGAAGUUCAAGCUGCCGGACUCCCUUUCUCUGAUCAUCGAAGCGUGGCGCGCGGACUCGGCCGGACACGAUGCUACAGAGAACCCGGACAACUUGAUCAGCCGGUCGGCGACCCGCCACUCUCUGCGGGUGGGGGCAGACUGGACCCACAGCAAGGACCUCGGGGAGCUGAGCGAGCUGCGUUACUCUUACCACGUGACAUGUGACGACAACUACCACGGAGAGUCCUGCUCCGCGUACUGCCGACCCCGCAACGACACCUUCGGCCACUACACCUGCGACCAGCAGGGGGCGCGGCGGUGCCUAGAGGGUUGGAAGGGGGACUACUGCACAGAGCCCAUCUGUGCCCCGGGCUGCAGUGAGGACCACGGCUUCUGCCAGCUGCCGGGUCAGUGUGUGUGCCGUCAAGGCUGGAGCGGCGAGCUCUGCGACCGCUGCGCCCGCCACCCGGGCUGUGUCCAUGGCACCUGCCAGCUGCCCUGGCAGUGCAACUGCAAGGAGGGCUGGGGGGGGCUCUACUGCGACCAAGACCUCAACUACUGCACCAACCACAAGCCGUGCCAGAACCAGGCGGCCUGCACCAACAGCGGGCAGGGCAGCUACACCUGCACCUGCACCCCGGGGUUCAGCGGCAAAGACUGCGAGCUCGAGAUCAACGAGUGCGACAGCAGCCCGUGCAGAAACGGCGGCAGCUGCCACGACCUGGUCAACGACUACACCUGCACGUGUCCUCCAGGCUUCUACGGCAAGAACUGCCAGAGCAGCGGCAUGACCUGCGCCGACAAGCCCUGCUUUAACGGAGGCACCUGCCAAGAGAGUCAGUCCGGGGGCUACCGGUGCCACUGCCCGCCUGGCUUCACCGGCUCCAACUGCGAGAAGAAGAUGGACCGCUGUGCCAGCAAUCCCUGCGCCAACGGUGCUCAGUGUCGGGACCUUGGCCACCGGGUCACGUGCCGCUGUCGUCCUGGGUUCACCGGUCUCCACUGCGAAACCAACAUCGACGACUGCCGCGCAAAUCCCUGCCUUAACGCCGGCACGUGCGUGGACGGCAUCAACGACUUCACGUGCACCUGCACGCUGGGCUACUCCGGCAAGGACUGCUCGCUGCGCACCAGCCCCUGUGACCUCUCUCCGUGCGACAAUGGCGGCACGUGUUACGCCCACUUCUCCGGCCCGGUGUGCUCGUGCCCCGAUGGGUUCAUGGGCGCCCGCUGCGAGUACUUGGCCGAGACGACGCCGGCGACGCAGAUCUCCGUGGCGCUAGCUGCCGCGUGCGCGAUUGGGCUGGCGACUCUGGCGCUGCUGCUGUGCGCUGCCGUCUUCAUCGCGCGGCAGCUCCGCCGCGGCCACAGACUCGCAGCCUCGUCGGUCAAGAACGACCUCGAGACGGUCAACAACAACUGCAGCAGCAAGAGUCCGUGGGUCGGCGGGAGCGCGCCGCUGAGCGGCUGGCGGGAGAAAGAAGCCUUCCUCAUCCCUGGCGUCGUCAAGCUGUCCAACCAGACCGGCGCGCUGGGAAAGGGAGAGAAAAAGUGCAAUCUGACGCAGGAGCAGUGGAGCGCCAUCAACUCGUCUCACCUGAACAAGGCGCUUCCCUCCGUCCUGGCGGGACCCGCGGAGUCGCGCGCGUUUGCCUCUGAGGUUUGACUCCAGCGUCUCGCAGCUGCAGAAACCCGUCAAGUCUGUGGCGUCGGGAAGCAUCCAACGAAUUGCACUUCUUUCUUGGCCAAGAUUGGUGUCUUUUCCACCUGUGUCUGGUGCCGCUGUUGCGCUCCAUGGUCGCCAUGACAACACAGAGAGCAACCGCAAGGACCUGAGUUCGGGUGUCACCAGGAGACCCGUCCGAAGUCUUGUUUGUCUUCUGUUAAUUUAAGAUGCAAUAUGUAAAUAGAGAGAAAUAUCUUAUUUAAUGAUGUAAAUAUUUACGUUAGAGGAAAUAAUUCUAUAUUUUUUUUAUCAAUAUUCACGUCUUUAUUCAUGUUACAGAAAUAUAUUUUUGUUAAAAUAAAU